AUGUAUCAAUUGGACGCGCUGUCAGCAAAUUGGGGCAUUCACCUCGCCGCAUACACGGAUUGGGUCACAUACACUGUAGAGUGGGUCCCUGGCAAUGAAGGCUACGUUCGUUGGGAAGUGGAAGGCCACCCCGUGUUCGAAAUCGCUGCCGCUACCGUGACCAAUCCACCGCAAGAUGCCGCGCAGAUGAACCCCAAGAAGAUCAUGAUCGAAGAGCCCAUGUACAUAAUCUUUAAUCCUCUGGAUGUUACGGCGAUGGCAAGGAUAAGAAGACGAACGCUAUUUGCGAUGCUUUCCCAAUGA